AUGAGCAGCCAGGAACAGCAACAGGCACAAGUGACUGCAGCGCAAGUGAUGCAGGAGCUUGUGAAUCUGAGAAACGAACUCACAAGGCAACGCGAAGAGAAUGAUCGGCUAAGGGCCGAGCAAAGCACAGCACUUGAGCGAGUGCGGCAAGAGAGUGCAGCUCAAGUUGCGGAAGUGCGAGCACAAGCGCAUACGGCAGUGCAGCAGGCGACGGCUCAGAUGGGCACGAUGCCACAGUUGGUGAGCGACAUGGUCAAGUCGAACAAGGAACUGGUUGAGGCCAUGGCAAAGAAAGGAGGACCAAACGAGAAGCUCUGUUUGGUCGACACAAAGGGCCUGGGAAAGCCGACGACCUUCUCAGGUGAGAGUGAACAGUUCCAACCAUGGAGGCAUCGAAUGUCGAGCUACGUUUGUUCGAUCCACCAUGAUCUGCAAGAAGUUCUAGAGUGGCUCGAAGAGAGGGAGAAGCCAUUCUCCUCGGAGGAGUUGGACACAGCCUUUGGAGAAAAGGCGUUGGAGGCGGAUCGAGUUCCCAGACUGCAAGAAAAGUCGAGGGAGCUCGCGAACGCGCUCCAAAUGGUUACCUCGAAGGAACCAUUUACGAUCGUGUGCAAUUGCCAGAACAACGGGUUCGAGGCAUGGAGACGCCUUACGAGGCGAUACGAUCCUGCGACUGCAAGCAGGAAGCGCACGAUGUUGAGAGCGAUUAUAUCGCCCCAGAAGCAGAAGCUGGAGAAUCUCCCUCAGGCCAUCGAAGAAUGGGCCGACGCUGUGCGCACUUACGAGAAGCGCAAGGACAGCACAGGGCGACGAACGACCCUGGCUGAUGAGAUAAAGAUGGCAGCACUGGAGGCAAUGUUGCCACAGGAGCUGGAGUCUCACAUCCAGUUGAACCAGAGCCGGUUCUCCACGUACGACGACGUGCUCGACGAGGUGACUCGCUUCAUCGAGUACAAGACAGGAAAGAGUCUGAAGGUGAUUUCUGCAGCCGCAGCCAGUGCGGCGAGCAAGGAUGAUCCUAUGGACCUGUCGUAUGUGGAGAGAGGCAAAGGAAAAGGAGCAAGCAAGGUCGUGUGCCACAACUGCGGCAGGAGCGGACACUAUGCCCGCGACUGCUGGAGCAAUGGAGGCAAAGGAGAAGAGGAUGAAGGCUGGGAAGACGGAGACUGGGGAGAAACCUGGGAGGAGGAAAAAGACGAGGAUGAAAAGGAGCUGGAAGCUCUGGAAGAGCAAAUGGACAGAGCAAGGGGUCAGUUCCAAGACCUGAAGGAAAAGGUGGAACUUGCGAGGAGACGUCGCCAGGAAAGACUUCUUCAGGAAGCGGAAGAGCUGGCAGAAGCCAGGAGACGUUCCCGCGGCGAGGUGCCAGGGCAGUCCAGCUUCGGAGCGUUUUCGUCUUCGUCGCGAGGACCUCCGGAGAGAGUGCGCGAGCCAAAGGCCGGAAAGAAAGAGGAGAAGAAGGAGGUGAGGUCUAAGGCUUUGGACACGGCACCCUGGAACGUUUCGCGCUACCGGGAGCCACCAGUGCAUGAGCCCAAGACCCCUCCAAAGGCGAAGCAAGAAAGGCCGAGAACACCGCCGAAGUCACCACCGCCUUCCAGGACCAAAAGUCCGCUUCUCAAGCCGAAGGUAGAGCCAAAGAGAACAGAGCCAAAGUCACCACCUUCGAAGCCAAAGGCAGAGCCGAAGAGAACAGAACCAAAGUCACCACCUUCGAAGCCUCCACCUAGAAGUGAAGAAGUGCAGCCAAGAAGCGAAGAGGUGGAGAGACAACUUGCUACCACAGCGCCGAAGUGGGGAGCCUCAAGGAGCCAAAGACCUGUGGCGAAGGCAAAGCCAAAGCUUCUAAGGAGUCCGGCGUCUUGGGCAGGAAUGCGCUUCAGGGAACGUGUGGCCCACCAAGAUGCCAUACGAGACAAGAAGCCCAGAGGCUCCGUCGGGGAGUCCUUACUGAAGAAGCAAGGCGAGGCCUGCUCCACCUGCGUGUCGAGGCGACUAAAGUUCAGGAGCAAAGCGUCCCUUCUGCUGAAGAAGAGGAUGAAAGAGUACAAGGCAGCAGCUGCAAAAGCAGCGGGCUCCCACUACGCCAGGAAAGUUUUCGAAAGAGAAAAGCUUGUGAGGGCCGACAGGCCCAGCAAGGCUGAACUGAGGAGCGCAAAGGUAGCCGAGAAGGUGAAGCAAAGGGAGGAAGAAGCCGCUGGUGAAGAAGAAGAAGAAGACAAGUUUUCCUUGGAGCCGGAGAGCUCCGAGGACGAAAGCGACUUCGAGGAUGACCCUCCAAGCGAGGGGCCCGAGGAACCCAAGAAGGAAGAAAAGAAGAAGCCACCAAAGCAGGAAGAAGGAACCGAAGGAGCAACCGCGAUCACGGCAAGCACCUCGAGCAGCAUGCAGAGGAUGCUAGCGUCGGGUCUUAUGGAGACCAACCGUGCGAACCUCGCGGUCUUGGACCAGAGGAUCGCGACAAAGAGAGAGAAGCUCGAGGGACGCGGCAGUGACCCAGAGCUGGAAGCCGAGAUCGCGAGCCUGGAAGACGAGCGGAAGCGCCUGAAAGAGGAGCGUGAGCGCCUCAGGGCGCAGCAAGCGGGCGUGAAGAAAAAGGAACCCGAACACCGCAGAGACCAGUCGGUGCACGACGUGCGCUACAAACGCCAAGUGGAAAAGGGAGACAGCCACUGGAAGGCUUGGCGUGCGGAAAAGGGACGAAGGAGAGCGCAAGAGCACAGACGCAGCGGUGUGGGCGAAAGAGCAAAGGAGAGGAUCGAGGCCGACAAGAAGUGGCACGCCCGGCACGACGUGAAAGUGAAAAAGGGCGACUUCCGCGAUAACCAGAAGGAAGAGGUCGACGGCAUCGACACGGAGGUUAUCCACAGCGAUGGGACGGAGGCCAAGCCCGAGCGGCGAAAGGACUACCGCCCCCUCACGAAAGCCGAAAGGACGAGCCACCGCGUGGAUGCCGACGACGAGGAGGAGCUCUACCGGAAGGAGCUCGAAAAGCAGGAAAGGCCGAAGGCGACCGGGCGCUACUCGGCGGACCCGUCGAUUGCGGCCGAGCAGAAGAAGAAGAGGAACCAAAAGAGAAACCAAAGGCGCAACAAGCUGAAGAGGAAGCUUGGGUCGACCUGGGAUCCAGAGCACAGAGGAAAGAAGAAGGUCAAGAAAAGCGAAGACGACGACGAAGAGACUGUGCACUGUGAAGACUACAACGACCGCCGCGACCCAAGAGGAGAAGACCCGGAGGACCCGGGCGAAGGAGGCGUGCGCCAAUCGGUGCACAGCUUCGAGACCGUGGAUGCUGCCAGCCUGGGCGCUUCGCCAGGCGUGGCUAGCGUCGAGGUCAACUUUGACACGGGAGCGGCCGUGACCGUUCUGCCUGAGAAGUACGUGACGCAGCCAAAGGACAACGGCGUCCGCUACAAGACGGCGUCAGGUGAGGCGCUGAAAGACCAAGGAAAAGCCGAGGUCACCGGCACUUUGUCGGGAGGCCGUGGGGCCACGAUCACCGGCCGAGGCGCCGGGGUCCACCGCAUACUCCUGUCAGGAGCACAGGCGUGCAAGACGCAUUUUGCGUUUCUGCACGGAACAGGAGGCUUGCUGGUCCCAAAAGGAACUGCUUUCGCUAAGGAGGCCGACGAGGCGUUGCGCCAGUUGGCUUGGAAGCACAAGGGUGUCGGAACCAAGAUGCAAGUGAAGAACGGCAUCUACGUGUUUCCUCUGCAAGACGAGAAGAAAGGAGUGAAGGGCGGAAGCAAGGGCCAAGAAAAAGGAGGCACUGAAGACGACCGCUUUGCCGAGGAGCCGGAGGCUCCAGGCGAAGAACAACAGAGGGCGAUAGUGCCGAAGAGCCCAGACCAGCCAACGGCUGACCAGAUCGCACAGCACGAAGCCUCGGGGCACGCGGUGCACCGUUCCUGGUGCGUCCACUGCCAGAGAGCGCGAAAGAUGGUGAAUCCACAUUACCGGAUUCGGAGAGCCGAACUUGAGACAUCUUUGCCGACGCUACACAUGGACUACUUCUUCCUGGGCAAAGAAAAGCAGGAAGACGACGUGAUGCCGCACCUGGUGGUUCGGUGCGACAAAACGCAGCGCACUUGGGCAACUUCGUUGCCCGAGAAAGGCACGCAUGCGUACAACGUCACGUGGUUGGCCAGCGUGAUACGCGAGGCCGGAUGGAAGAGGAUGUGUUUAUUCUCAGAUAAUGAACACGCCCUCCGUGCGCUCAAACUCAAGGCCUCCGAAGAAGUCCAAAAUGUAGUGUUCGACUUGAGAGAGAGUCCUACAAGUACGGAACACGAGAAUGCGCCAUCGAACGGCAUAGCCGAGGCCGCAGUGAGAGAGGUGAAGCGAAUGGUCCGAGCUAUCCUGUCGGAGCUGGAGACAAAGCUUAAGAUCGAGGUGGGCGUGGACCACCCGAUUCUCGCCUGGAUCGCGAGGCAUGCAGCGUUCUUGAUGACACGUUUUCGCAUUGGCGAAGACGGGAAGUCAGCUUACGAAAGGACGCUGGGCCGACCGUGGAGGCGACCUACCAUUGUCUUUGGCGAACAGGUGAUGUUCAAGCCAGUUGGUUCGAGACACAAGCGAGGAAGCCUAGAUGCAAGAGUUUGCAUGGGACGUUACGUCGGAACUGCGUCGAGGAACGCAGACUUGCUGAUCAUGACGUCCGAGGGUAUAUCCCGGGGCCACUCCUUGCACAGGAGGCCCGAGGAUGAGAAAUGGCCUGUUGAAGGUUUCGAAGUGCUACGCGGAUUGCCUUGGAGGAUGUCCGGUCCACAAGAGCGAGCGUCGCCCAACCGAGUCGGUAUGCCCGCUCUCGAAGGCGAACAACCCGCGCCACAACACCGAGACUUCAAGGCACGCAACCUGUACGUCAUGAAGUCCGACAUUGAGCUGUACGGCUACACGCCUCAGUGUCCGGGAUGCGAUGCGCAGCUGAUGGGUCUCCCGCAGCGAGCGCACAAUGACGAGUGCAGGAUGAGAGUGCAGAGAAGACUGCAAGAAACCGACGAGGGAAAAGAAAGAGUGAAAAGGGCCCAAGAGCGAGUUGAAAAGGACUACGGAAAGCGGGUCAAAAGAGACCAACCCGCGCUGGAAGGAAGACCUGCCCCCGACGCAAUGGAUGUUGCAGCAGAGGAAGCGGCAGGCGCACCUUUGUCCAGACCAAUGGAGGUCGAGGACCGCGCCGAGCCGAAACAGCGGAAGCGCGCAGCGUCCAAGGACGUCGAGGACCUUUACCGGGAAGAGCCCAGCACGAGGGCUACCGAUGGUCCAGAUGUCGAGGUCAUUGGAGUACACGUGCAAGGGGGAGCAAGUGGCUCUGCAGGACCCGGCCUGGACCACUCACGCCAACAAGCACGAGCAGAUGCAGAAAUGUACGACACAGCAACGGCGAAUCCGCCGCCAGCCAACGAGGAAGUGCGAAUGAACCUGAUUACGCGGAUGUUCGAACAAAAGGGGCUCAAGUGCAGCCCGACCGAAGCGAAGGCCAUAAACUCUAUGGUUCUACAGUUGGGAGGUAAUGGCAAUUCAGCUGUGCCCUGGAGCAUGGUGAAUGAAGGCAUUAUCUUGCCAAUGGACCAAGAGCCGCCGAUGUUCGCUCAGGCCGAGCAUUUGCGUUUCUUCGAAAAGCUGGAACAAGUGAAGCCAAAGCUUCUGGUGGGCAAGCUGCCCACUGGACCCUUCCAGUCAGUACAACGUGCUUUCGACAUGACCAACAAGAUUGGAGUCGAGACCAGACGCGGAAAUUUGAGGAAGGCCCGAUCUCAACUGGGGCUUUGCUUUGAGGCCUUCGAGGCACAGAAGGAAGCCGGAAACUACUUCCUCUAUGAGUGCCCAAGGGGAACUAAGUCCUGGGAGCAUGAACUUGCUCAAAGGAUGGGUUCGUACUUGGUUGAAGGCCCAAUGUGCAAGUGGAAAGUUGACGAAAGUGGAAAAAUGAUUGCAGGCCAAUCCGGCAAGAAGCGAACCCGCUGGAUUACUAAUUCGGCGACGGUUGCAACAGCGCUGGAAAAGCUAUGCAAGGGCAAUGCGAAGGUGUGGAACCGAACGCUAAGCUUCAAGGAGGGGAUCGUGACGGCCAAGGCCGAGUAUCCUCCGAAGCUUGAAAGAGCACUACUGGCAGGAGUGCGAGCACAACUGGUUCUGGAUGGAGAAAUGAAGGAGGUGGGCCAUGUGGGUGGACCUGACCCACACGAGGAGCCACCGCUCGAAGAGUAUCUCCAUGAUACCUUACCCAAGGCUGGGCAGCUUCACGUAAGCGAGCCCGUCAUAGACGCAAACACAGGGGCACAACUUGAUGCCAAAAAGGUUGCGGAAGCAAGAGCGUCAGAACUUGCCUGGGUGAAAAAGCAAGGUGUGUACGAGAAAGUCGAAGAGAGCGUGUGUUGGGACGAAACAGGUCGUCCGCCCAUAACCUUGAAGUGGGUAGACCGCAACAAAGGGGAUGAUGUUCGGGAAAACUACCGCAGUCGUUUGGUAGUCCGCGAGGUCAAGUCACAGGGACAAGCGGCGUUGAUACCAGACUACGCUGUUUUCCUCAAUGCCACCUCUGGAAGGAUUGAAGAUCCUAUGCAGUCAAAGAGCGGAAAGAAGCUCACGCUGAAGCUGACAGACAUAUCACGUGCACACUUCUAUGGAAAAGCAGAACGACGUGUGUUUGUCACACUUCCCGAGGGAGAUGAAGCUCCCGGCUUUUGUGGUCUGUUGAAACGGACCAUGUAUGGCACCCGUGAUGCCUCAGCUGUAUGGCAGAGAUCGUACACAAGCCUGUUACGCAAGCACGGGUUUGUCGUGGGAAAAGCAUAUCCGUGUACCUUUUAUCAUGCCGAAGCCGACGUGAGAUUAUUGGUGCAUGGGGACGAUUUCCUAGUCUUGGCAGACGAAGAUGGACAUCGCUUUGUAGACAAAGUACUGUCUGAAGAGUACGAGUUCAAGUGUGAUGGCCACAUAGGACCUGAGUGUGAAAAGGAUAGCAUGACUGUCCUGAACCGGGUCGUGAGCUAUGACAGCCAGACAGGAACUGUUACGUACGAAGCGGAUCCAAGGCACGCGGAAGCCCUAGUGCGCGACCUUGGACUGGAGUCUGCGAAGGCGGCCAAAACGCCAGCAGAAAAGAAAAAGGGAAGUGACCUGAAAGCGAUGCUUGAAGCACAGCCGUUGAAUGCCGAACUUCAGAAAGCAUAUCGGUCUCAUACGAUGAGGGCAGCGUUCCUUGCGCAGGACCGUCCAGACAUUGCCGAGGCUACGAAGAGCUUAGCGCGGCAUAUGAAAGAACCCACAGAGUGGGCAUGGGCCGAUCUGAAGAGGCUUGUCCGCUACUUACGCGGAAAUCCACGGCUGAUCUACGAGUACCACCCGCAACGGUUCAGCAAAGAGAUUGUGAUGUACUGCGACUCAGACCACGCUGGUUGCCUCAUCACGCGGAGGUCAACCACGGGACUGGUGACAAUGCUUGGAUCACACUGCGUGAAACACUCAAGCAACGUGCAAAGCACGAUCUCCCUCUCGAGUGGAGAGAGCGAGUUUUACGCUAUAGUUCGAGCAGGGUCAAUAGGUCUGUCGCUACAGGCGAUGCUAGAAGACUGGGGAUUAAAGGUCGGUCUGCGGAUUCGAUCUGAUUCCUCGGCGGCCCGAGGCACUACCCAGCGCCAGGGCCUGGGUCAAGCACGCCACGUGCAAACAAGAUACUUGUGGGUGCAAGAGAAAGUCGCCACGCGAGCUCUGGAGCUAGAGCGUGUAGGCACGGAGAAGAACUACUCCGACAUCUGCACCAAACCAAUGCCCGAAGUGGCAAUGCUCAAACACCUCAAGAACAUGGGAUUGCGUUUUCAUGUUGGACGAGCCGGAGCAGCCAAACGGCUCGUGUGA